UUGUAUUCCAGGGCCCAAUUGGGCCGGACCAGACAAACAGUUACUGUACUAUUGGGUCUUUUAAUCUUCUCUAGAUGUGGCCCAAUAAAAAUAAAUAAACCAGUGUCGCAUCCCUUCCUUUCUUCUGAUCAUCCGUCUCCGUCUGCUCUCCGAUGUCAAGCCACUGCAAAUUCUGGCUUCCCAAGAAGAAGAGAUUUUGUGCCAACUCCCCCCUCUCUGAUUCUCCAUUUUGCGGAAAUCACUCUCAGAGGCCAGAUGCGCAUUGGAUUCCAUGCCCUAUCGACCCUUCCCAUUCCGUGCUCGAGGGAAACCUUCCAAGUCACUUAAAUAGAUGCCCAUUGAAGAAGCAGGCGCAGUCUCUCUCUCGCCAGCCAUAUUAUCAAAGGGGCAUUAAUGCCGGGAAAGAAGAUAUGGGGGAGGGGGAAGCAGGGGAAGAAACAACCGCCACCCCCAAAGAUUCAAAUUUUACUUCUGAAAUGAAAAGGGCUUUAGUUCAUGCCAUGCCUGUGUCAAAGUUUAUUGGAUUGAUUGCUAAGAUCAAGUCUGCUCAUGCAUCCAUAUGCACUAUCAUUCGAGAUUCUUACAUGGUUCCCCAAUCUUGCAGUAUUUGGACUGACAGAGAAGUUGACAAGAAAUUACCAUAUAAAGAGAAGCACGUUUUGCAGCAGGCAUCAAUCCUUGGGAAUCUAGAGGAGUUUGGAGUGUUAAAAGAAUAUUGUUUCACUUCUGAUGAAACAAAUGAAAAGUGUCACUCUAAUACAGAGUCUGAGAGGGAUACUGAUGUUUCUGCAGUUGUAGAGUUUGGAGCUGGAAGAGGAUACCUGACACAGAUGCUUGUGGAUUGUUAUGGGAUUAGCAAGGUGUUACUGGUGGAGCGGAGGUCCUACAAGUUCAAAGCUGAUCGGAGUCUGCGACAGAAAGAAAGAUUAAUAGUAGAGAGACUGAGAAUUGACAUUGAGGAUCUAAAUCUGAAUGAUGUUGAAUCAUUACAAGGAUUAGGAUAUGUUGCCAUCGGUAAACAUCUCUGUGGACCUGCAACAGAUGUGACGUUAAGAUGCUGCAUUCACAAACAAUCAUAUGAAUGGACUGCUUCUCAUCCUCCUCGCGGAGCCAUUUGUUAUCUCAGGGGCCUAGCUAUUGCAACAUGCUGCCAUCAUCUCUGCCAAUGGAAGAAUUACAUAAAUAAGGCGUACAUAUCUGAUUUGGGCUUCACCGAGGAAGAAUUUCAUGCAAUAUCAUGGUUUACCAGCUGGGCAGUUGAUGCUGAUCAUGGCUCAGAGUUUGUUGUCACAGAGAGCUCCACUGGACAUGAGAUUAUUAUGAGUGAGACGAUGAAUGAGUGGCAGCUGGAUUCAGCGUCAUGUGAGGUCAGUGAUAUAGUGAGGAGUAUGCAGCCUAUCCAUCGGGCAGCCUUGGGGUUCAUGUGCAAGGAUAUCAUUGAUGCCGGGAGGCUGAUGUGGCUGAAGGCACAAGGACUACAAUCAGAGCUUGUGAAGUAUGUCCCCAUAGACAUUUCUCCGGAAAAUCGCCUUCUGAUUGCAAGGUAAGUUGUUACCAACAAUGGGUGGACUGUCUGUCUUGUUUUGUCCAAACAGGAGAGAUAGGCUGAAGUUCGGAGAUUCAAGUAUAGACCAGACCACACCAAUUAGGCAAAACACACUCACUGGUACCACCGUGGCUGUGGCUUUGGCUGUGGCAUAAACGAUCCCCAAGGGCACAUUCCCACCUAUCGCUCAUCAAAGGAUUGCAGCAGCAGUAGCAGCAGCUACUGCAUAAGUAUUAAUUAUAUAGUAUCUUUUUCGCCGCCACUGUCUCUGCUGCCUCUGCUUGUUUGAGCAGAGCAGCAACGGGUGCGGCCUUGCGCAAAACAAGCGGUCUGUCGUUGUUGUUGUUGUAUCAACCAAUACUGAUCUAUUGAAGACCUGACCAUCACUAUAUACUUUAAAUAUUACUAUUAUUAUGACCAUUAUCUAAUUGAAGGUACCAAAUUUUACUGUAAAUAAGAAAUAUAUGCAAAUAAAAAACAACAUUGUCUAGAGGAGAAAA